CCAUCAUCUCGUCCAUCGCGCAGCCAAUCAAUUCAACCAAGCCAACCUCAGCAAACAGACACCUGUAAUUCAGAACGCCGCAGCCACUAUUGCCAAUGCGGCCGCAGUGGCUGCAAGCGCAAACCAGCGGACCAUGGUCAAUCUUGUACAGCCUGGACAGUCGCCGACACCCGGAACGCCCGGCACGCCGUCCGCGGCUUCGCUUCGUGCUGCAAGUAACAUAGCGGGCUCUUCGCAACAAACCUCGCCAGCACCCUCCGGUGCCGUGACGACCGUCAACGGCCAGGCGCAGCCCCAUCCUGUGCAGCUGGGAGCUGUGCUGCAUUCGCCCAACCCCUUGAACUCUGUCAAGAUCUUCACUCCUGACGCUCUGACAGGCGCGAUUCCGUUCCUGUCUGGGGCCGACAAACCGCUGGAAGCCGGCACUCCGCUCUCGGCAACCUCGACAAAGUCACCGGCGUCACAGGUUCCACCGGGGAUACUGAUACGGAAGCGCUCGCGUCCGGCCGAUUUUGUUGCAGGGGCUAUUCCGGAGUACUGCCAGCGGGAGCUCAAAUCGCUCCUCCAGCACGGCGUCCUCAAGAAGAAGCGACUCCAGACCCUGAUCGACGAGCUCAGCCCAAACUCCAAGCUGAACCCCGACGUCGAAGAUAUUCUGCUACAGAUAGCCGAUGAUUUCAUCGAAGAGACGACGCAGUUUGCCUGCAAACUGGCGCGCCACCGCGGCUCCCAUACCCUCGAUACCCCGGAUCUGCAGAUAUGUCUAGAGCGUAACUGGAAUAUCCGUGUACCAGGAUUCAGCAGCGAUUUCCGUCCUCGUCUCAAGUCCAUCCCGACGAUUGCGCACCAGGCCAAGGUCUCGACCAUCAAGAAAAGCAUAAGAGACGCAGCCAUCAUCAACAAGUUCCAUUCGACAGCGGCCGCGGCCGCGGGUGUGUUGGGUCAGGAGCAGACGCACAGUGCCGGUGCAGACGGUGCUGCGGCCGCCAACUCCUCGACCCUGGCGACAUCAGGACUGGCGCCGCCGCCCACACCCGGAUCAGUUGCAGCAACACCGGGACAGACCCAAUCCAGUCGUCUGGUCGACAUGGUCAAGUCAUCAGCGCCGACAGGAUCGUCAUCACUGUAAUCCGGCAGUCGCGCCGGCGAAGCGUACCGGUCGCCAGACAAGCACCAGCUUUAGGCACACACCCGCUUCCCUUGGCCAUAGCCAAGGCAUCGCCAGCCAAAUGGAGCCCAUCUGGCAUGCACCGCAAGUGGAUCAAGUCUGGGCCAUCUCUCUCUG